AAUUUUAGUCUUACGUCAUACAUUCAUAUAGUGGCAACGAAGUCUCUGCGAAAGCUCUCUUUCUCUUUCUCUCUCCUCUCCUCUCUCUCUCUCUCUUCCUUUUUAGCUCUCACCGCGUCUUCUCAGCUGCCCUUUUUCUUUCGUUGGCCUCAAUCACUCCUCUGAUUCACUCGGUUUCGUUCUCUGUUCUUCGCUUUCCCAAUCCAUGGCGGAGCGCGGAUCCUACGGUCUCAGCCCUCGACUAGAUAUGCAACAAUUACUAUCAGAGGCGCAACAUCGUUGGUUACGCCCAGCUGAAAUUUGUGAAAUUCUUUGUAACUAUCAAAAGUUUCAUAUUUCAUCAGAGCCCCCAAACAGGCCACCAAGUGGUUCACUUUUUCUUUUUGAUAGAAAGGUUUUAAGAUACUUUAGAAAGGAUGGACAUAAUUGGAGAAAGAAAAAAGAUGGAAAGACUGUGAAAGAGGCUCAUGAGAAGUUAAAGGUUGGAAGCAUUGAUGUGCUACAUUGCUACUAUGCUCAUGGAGAAGAGAAUGAAAAUUUUCAAAGGCGAUGCUAUUGGAUGCUUGAAGAGGAUUUGAUGCACAUAGUCUUUGUUCACUACUUGGAAGUAAAGGGAAAUAGGACAAAUAUUGGAGGCAUUAGAGAGAUUGAUGAGGUUUCACAAAGUCUCCGAGAAGGCAGCCCUCAGACUUCUAGUUCUUCCACAAGUCAUUAUAAAGCUCCUUCAGGCAGCACAGAUUACACAAGUCCAAGCAGUACUUUGACAUCGUUAUGUGAAGAUGCUGAUUCUGGGGAUAUUCACCGAGCAAGUUCUAGAUUGCAUUCAUAUUUAGAGUCACCACAGCUGCAACUUAAAAUGGAUAUGGGUUCUGUGCAUCCGAAUUCAAACCUUCGUGAAGGGCACUUAGGGCAGUCAUCAAUUCAUGGAGCAAAUUACGUUCCACACUUUCAGGGAGAUAGGCCUAACUAUAGUGAGCCAGCUACUUGUGCAACCGGCUAUCAAAACACACUUGGUUUGGGAUCAUGGGAAGAGAUCCUGGAACAAUGUACUACAGGUUUCAAUACUGUACCUUCUCAUGUAUCAGUGUCAACCAGCCAACCUGCAUGCACAGGAGUUGUACACGAACAAGAAAAUUUGGUUUCAGGCAGGCUCUUAGCUGGGGAAAGCAUUACCAAAGAGGAGCUUGGCAAUUCUCUAUCAAACUACUCAACUUGGCAGAUUUCACUCGAGGACAAUUUGUUGCCCCUCCCAAAAGGAUUGGUGGAACAGUCAUCAAAUUUGGAAAUGCCAUACGAUCUUGAGAACAUGCUAUUUGAAAAUAGUACUGCUGAUUCAAGUUUGACAUCAUCUCCUUAUCAGUUGGAUAGCCAUCUAGAUCAGCAAACGGAGAAUUCUACAGAAGGAAAUAUCAACUAUGCUUUCACUCUGAGACAACAGCUACUAGAUGGGGAAGAGGGUUUGAAGAAACUUGACAGCUUUUCUCGGUGGGUCACCAAGGAACUUGGGGAGGUAGAUGAUCUACAAAUGCAGUCCUCAUCUGGUAUCCCAUGGAGCACUGUUGAAAAUGUGGUUGAUGAUUCUUCAUUGAGUCCCUCUAUCUCCCAGGAUCAGCUCUUCAGCAUAAUUGAUUUUUCGCCAAAGUGGGGCUUCACAGACUCGCAACCGAAGGUUCUGAUUAUUGGAACUUUCUUGAAGAGUCGGCAAGAGGUAGAAAAAUACAAAUGGUCUUGUAUGUUUGGGGAGGAGGAGGGUCCUGCUGAGGGUUUAGCUGAUGGGAUUCUUUGUUGCUAUGCUCCACCACACACGGCUGGGCCAGUUCCAUUCUAUGUCACCUGUUCCAACAGGUUAGCUUGUAGUGAAGUUAGGGAAUUUGAUUAUAAGUGUGGUGCAACAAAGGAUUUAGAUAUUAGAGAUAUCUAUAAUGAUAACACAGUGGAAUUGCGUCUUCACAUGCGACUUGAGGGACUACUGCAUCUUGGAUCUGUCAACCCUACAAGCUUCUCCUUUAGAUCCACUGUGGAGAAACGAACGUUGAUAAGUAAAAUUAUAUCAUUAAAGGAGGAAGAGGAAAGUCACCAGAAGGUAGACCAGGCUGAUGAGAAGGAUUUAUCCCAAUAUAAGGUGAAAGAGCAUCUGUUUACUAAGCUGAUGAAAGAGAAACUUUAUUCGUGGCUACUCCAGAAAGCAACUGAAGAUGGUAAAGGGCCAAAUAUAUUAGAUGAUGAGGGGCAAGGUGUAUUACAUCUAGCAGCUGCUCUUGGUUACAAUUGGGCCAUAAAGCCCAUUGUCACCGCAGGAGUUAGCAUUAAUUUCCGUGAUAUUAAUGGGUGGACUGCCCUUCAUUGGGCAGCAUUCUAUGGCAGAGAGCACACAGUUGCAUUCCUUGUAUCUCAAGGAGCGGCCUCUGGAGCUGUGACUGAUCCGUCUCCCGAAUUUCCGCUGGGUAGAUCAGCAGCAGACUUAGCAUCUGUGAAUGGACACAAAGGAAUCUCUGGUUUCCUUGCAGAGUCUUCCCUGACAAGCCACCUCUCUUCCCUAUCAGUGAACGACUCAAAGGAAGAUGGAGGUGCAGAAAUCUCUGGAACAAAAGCUGUCCAAACUGUUUCAGAACGGAAAGCAACGCCUGUGACUUAUGGUGAAAUGCCGGAUGCACUGUCACUAAAGGAUUCACUUACUGCUGUACGUAAUGCCACACAAGCUGCUGAUCGUAUACAUCAGAUGUUCAGGAUGCAGUCGUUUGAGAGGAAACAAUUAAAUGAGUAUGAUGAUGAUGGAUGUGGAUUGUCAGAUGAGCGAGCUCUUUCACUAUUGGCUGGUAGGUCAAGGAAGUCUGGACAAAAUGAUAGACUAGCUCAUUCUGCUGCUGUACAAAUACAGAAGAAGUUCCGUGGUUGGAAGAAGAGAAAAGAAUUCCUGCUGAUUCGGCAAAGAAUUGUUAAAAUCCAGGCACAUGUAAGAGGACACCAGGUAAGGAAACAAUAUAGAGCUAUUGUUUGGUCGGUGGGGAUUCUGGACAAGGUUAUAUUACGUUGGAGACGUAAAGGGAGCGGUUUGCGGGGAUUUCGACCUGAUGCAAUUCCCAAGGAACCAAAGUUACCAAGCAUGCCCAUAAAAGAGGAUGAAUAUGAUUUCUUUAAGGAGGGGAGGAAACAAACCGAGGAAAGGUUACAAAAAGCGCUCACUAGGGUGAAGUCCAUGGUUCAAUAUCCCGAAGGACGUGCUCAGUAUCGCAGAGUGCUAAAUGUUGUACAAGGACUCCAGGAAACCAAGGUAACGGAUAUGGCUUUGAUCGAUUCAGAAGAAAUAGCGGAUGCUGAUGACGACGUGAUUAAAAUUGAUCAGUUCUUGGAUGAUGAUACUUUCAUGUCUAUAGCAUUUGAGUGAGGCUCUCCCACGUUACUCUGAUUAGCCUAACCUGUACAUAGAUGGGCUGGUGUCUAGUAAUUUUAAUGUCUUGCCUAAUCUUGUGUGUAAAUGUAACGUGUAAUCCAUUAACCGAAUUCAGUUCUUAAUGUUCCCGGCAGGUUUUUCAGGUUAAUAGGUCAGACUAGCAUCUUUAUUCCGAUUGCAAAUUUUAAGUAUGAUUGUAACUUUUCUUGUUUAUGCUUGGAGGACAAGGGAUGAGAUCAUGUCUAGUUUUUAAUUUUUCUUUAAAUGAAAGUAUAGUUUUCACUGUUAA